AUGGACUUUGUGAGUCCGGGUCUGCGUCGCCAAAAUGUUAUAACGAAUGCCCAGGCCGAGAUAUUGCCGCCCAAUGACGUCCCGUCCUUUUACCCCUCCGAUGGGCAUUUGCCUUCCAUUCUCUCCUCCCCAGGCAAUUAUGAAGGCAGCGCCUUUGAGGCCUCCAGUACCCUGCCCUCCCAUCGCUACAGUUUCCACUCGCCUUUCCGAGAAAGCGGUCCGAAUUCCCGUCCG